AUGAAGCCCGUUUCGCCGAACGCUGAAGGCCAAGUCAUACCUGGUGAUAUCCAGAGUUUCAUUGAGCAGUUGCAGAGUGACGACGAUGACCUUUUUCGUCAGUUCUUUGACUUCCCGAGCGAUGAGACACCCGCCUACAUACAACCAUCCGUAGACGGCCGCGACGACACGUCGACCUACCUUGGCUCCGAGGGCCAUGCACCACCAUUGACGUUCGGACAAACUCUUUCGCCCUUGAGCCGCAGCAGGGCCUCGCCGUCCUCCCCUGGCCGGCUAGAAGAUGCUGACCCCCAGGCUGUGUCCAGCACAUCAUGGUCUGGGGGAGGCUUUGACGAUCUGGACUCCGCCGACUGCUUGCGUCAUGUCGGGGGCGGCCCAGAAAUCCAUAUUCAGGAGCCAAUGCCACCGUCGCCGAAACGUCUAGAGGAGGAUGACAUAUCUAUCCAUCUGUCGCCUAGGAGUUCAGGUCAUCCCGCCUCCCCCUUGAGCCCGCCAGCCCAGGCAAUGCCCAUGAAACGGGGGAGAAGCAACCCGCUGCCCGGGGAGAAACGCGUCAAGGUGUCCAACAUGCGCAAGAUUAAGGCGUGCAUGCGCUGUCACAUCCGGAAACGAGAAUGUGACGAGGGCAGUUCUUGUAAACAUUGCAGGAAGGCAUUUCCAAAACACCCAGAGGUGUGUGUUCGGGAGAAAUUGCUGGAUGUGCGGUUUCCUGAUGAUGGUCAAGCUACCGACAUUUGGACCCGCGAGUCAACAUGCAUUUCGCUAUUGCAGCAGAACUGGCAGUUGAGUGGGACUCCAUACCGAGUUGUCGUAAAAAUGAAGCAGUCGAACGAUUCGCCCGGGUUGGCUCUGACGCUUCAGCCGUACGUUGUCAACGCGAUGCCCUUCACAUCGGCUACAGGCUACUACUCUUCGCAAGCGUACAAUGAACCCAACAGUGCUCCGACGCCCACGUUUAGCAGCUGGCCGGUGAUGCAACUGGCACCAAACCUGGUGUUAUUGAGAGAACUGUACGACAAGAAGACACCAGACUUUGAGGCCGCUAUACUCUCCUUUCUCCUGGUAUACAGGGAUAGCCCUCUGGGCUUGAACGGGGCGGCUUCCAGCUCUGGGAAGAAAAAGUGGCCUGUUUGCAUUGACCCGAAGACUCUCGUUCGCAAGGUCUGCGAGAUGCGAUGCUGGUACCUGAUCUGGCAGACUUCGAAGCUGUACACAUUUGCGCAUGGAGGAGCGCCUGCCGCAGGUGGACACAACAACUUCCAAUCACAACUGCCACCGACGGUGAUUUGGGAGCUCAGAAAGAUAGCCACUGAUGCGCUCAUCGCCUGCGAGAAGGAGAUCCUGCUGGAGCUGGACGAGCUGUCCCUUGACGGCGCUCGACUCAUCGAGCUGCCUCUGUGGGCUUGUAUCUGGCAGCUGAUACUCAUCUACCGGCAAAUGGUCUCGGGAUACUCAAAUCUCGCCCGCAGUCAACCGGUGAGCUCAGUAGGGGGCGGGGGCACCGGGCUCAAUGAGGUAUCUGCGUUGGCGGUCGUGGAGCAUCUCUACCGGCUGUUGGUCAUCAAAUACAGCGCCUACUUCGGCUCCGCGUCGCCUAUCUUCCCCAAAAAAGGCCAGCCACCAACGACUGAGCUGCUAGAAGGUGAUGAGCGUCUUCGACGUGAGUGGGACAAUGUCCUGCUGCGCCGGAAAGAGUUUUAUCGAACGAUUGCAGACGGUGUGGCGCCAGAUGUGUCCUUGAGGACCCUCGUCGUCGAUGUUGAAAAUGCGCUUGAGCAACGGCUGCGAAGAAGGCCAAAAUGA